AUGUUUGAUGGGAUGGAGAGACCCAUUCCCCCUCCCUUCUCUCCAGACUCCCAGCAGCCCUCUCUCCCUGUCUCUAAAGAGGAGGUUCCCCCAGAGCAGCAGGAGAGAAGCCCCAGGCUGGGUCUGGAGGACCCAGAGCCCACAAAACAAGAGGAACUCUGGAUGAAUCAGGAGGAACAGCAGCUGGAAUCUGACAGCAGAGUAUCAGAACCAACCAGUGACUCUCAGCUCCUCUCUGCAGUAAAUCCAGACUGUUCUGCAGCUCUGGUAAAUCCAGACUGUUCUGCAGCUCUGAGUGAAAACGGUAAAAAUCCAGUUCAUCAGAGUCCCAGCACUUCUUCAGAACAAGAUUCUAGUAACGUGGAAUCAAAUGAAGCAUCUAGUUUCUCUACCUGGACUGAGGAAGUCAUCUCAGUAACAGACAGCCACUCUUCAGACAGUAGCUCCUGCACUAAAGAAGACUCUGAGGCACGGAAACCAGCAAAGAGAACAUGCCAUUCUAGUGGUGUGGUGAACGAACCAUCUGAUUUGUCCAACUUAUGUGAUGAAAACAACCCGGGGACUGAGAUCAGCCCUUCAGACGGCAACAAAGACAUGGACAUCCGAACACCCUCUGGGGCUCCUAGUCCAGCUAAGAGGAUGUGUCUGAGGGUGCAGAGGGCUUCACCAGAGGUUGUGUGCAGCAGGGUGACCACCCCAUCAGCAGCUCCAAGCUCCACACAUGUCAUACCAAUGUCUGUAACCCACAGUGGAAGGUCUAAGAAACAGUGUUGUCGGUACUGUGGAAAGGCUUAUGUUAAAAUCGCGAGACACCUGCGGAUUGUGCAUCGGGAUGCAGCCAAGGCCUUCAGCUUCGGAAAGAAGUCCGGGGAGAGAAAAGUGUUACGUCUUCUGAGUGAAAAGGGAAGCGUUGUGCGUGAUGCUGCCGUAGCAAGACGUGGGAGUGGAGAGAUGGCCUCCUGUUCCCGUCCCAAAGUGCCAGGAUCCACUCCAUGUUACACCCACUGCUUGCACAGUCAAGGUCUGUACAUCCGAAAGUCACUACGGAAGCAUGUCAGAUACUGCCCUCUGAACCCCAAAGCUGAAGAACCAAAACCUGGACCAAAGAGGAGGAUUCAGUCAGCAAUGGCGUUUAUGAUGCGUCCUCAACCCGACUACGUCAGCACAGGUCUUUGGAAGGUCGUUUGUGGUAUGAACUCCGGCCAAGUUUCAUUUGUGGUUAGAAAUGACAAAUGUAUCCUCCUCAUGGGAGAGGAGCUGUACAACAAACUCCAGCCAGAUAACAGAAGAAACAAAUACAUUCAACAAAGAAUGAGAGAGGUGGCGAGACUCCUCAUCACGGCCAGGACGUGUACACCUCUGAUGUGCUUUGAGGACUUGGUCAUACCUAGUAAUUUACCUCACGUCAUCACGGCAGUGAGAGCUGUUGCUGGCUACAACGAGGAGAACAAAACGUACGACCGUCCGACGCUGGCUGUUCAAAUGGGAUACAACUUAAUGAACAUUGGCAGCGCUGUGGAAUCCUGUGCACUGAGGUCAGGACGACGCGAAGUCGCGGAGUCUGCUGGCAAAUUCAAACGUUUCAAGUGGAAUGAGGUUGUUUUGGCUGGAGCGCUGACCACUCUCAGUGAACCCCAAAAUAAAUGUCCACAGCCGACCACUGUCACACAGGCGCCUGGCCAGCCGACCUGCUGCACAGGCGCCGAGCCGACCACAGGCGCCGAGCACACGCACCCAGCCGACCCGACGCACACGCACCCAGCCGACCGCGACGCACACGCACCCAGCCAACCCAAAGAAACACUGUGA